UACAGAGAAUUUUGUGAUUAUUUGUAAGUUGUGGGUUAAUAUACUUAUAAUAUUAGGGCAUUUUUAAUUGAUUAUUCACAUGUCACUAAAUAGGUAGCAUCUCUUUUCUUUUACAGGUCUGUGACUUCCCAUUUUAUAGGGAUAGCAUAAAUUCAACCUGCUUCCUCAUCAGAAUUCAGAUUGUUUCUAGUUUGGCUAUUAUUAACAAUGCUGUGAAGAAUAACAUUUUUUUUAAAAAAGAUUUAUUUAUUUAUUUGAAAGGCAGAGUUACAGAGAGGCAGAGAGAGAGAGAGAAAGGUCUUCUAUCCACUGGUUCACUACCCAAGUGGCCACAAUGACCAGAGCUGUGCCGAUCUGAAGCCAGGAGCCAGGAGCUUCUUCCAAGUCUCCCAUAUGGAUGCAGGGGCCCAAGGACUUGGGCCAUCUUCUACUGCUUUCCCAGGCCAUAGCAGAGAGCUGGAUUCGAAGUGGAGCAGCUGGGACUUGAACCAGCGCCCUCAUGGGAUGCUGGCACUGCAGGCGGCAGCUUUACCCACUGUGCCAUAGUGCUGGCCCCAAGAAUAACCUUUUAUAAAUACUAUUUUGCUCAGGUAUAACUAUUUGUGUAAGUGAAUUCCCAGAAAUGAAAUUUUUAGAUGUCAUAUGACUAAUUUAUAUUGAUUGUAUCAAAUUGCUGUUCUGGAGAGAAAUGUCUAAGACUCCCCUUUCUUUUUUUUUUUUUUUUUUUCAUUUUCAAUUCUCUUUAUAUACAGAAGAUAAGUUUAGCAUAUAUUAAGUAAAGAUUUCAACAGUUUGCACCCACAUAGAAACACAAAGUGAAAAAUACUGUUUGAGUACUAGUUAUAGCAUUAUAUCACACUGUACAGCACAUUAAGGACAGAGUUCCUACAUGAGGAGUAAGUGCACAGUGACUCCUGUUGUUGACUUAACAAUUUGACACUCUUGUUUAUGGAGUCAGUAAUCACCCUAGGCUCUUGUCAUGAGUUGCCAAGGCUAUGGAAGCCUUUUGAGUUCACCAACUCUGAUCAUAUUUAGGCAAGCUCAUAGUCAGAAUGGAAGUUCUCUCCUCCCUUCAGAGAAAGGUACCUCCUUCUUUGAUGACCUAUUCUUUCCACAGGGAUCUCCCUCACAGAGAUCUUCCAUUUAGGUGUUUUUUGUUGUUGUUGUUUGUUUUUUUUGCCAGAGUGUUUUGGCUUUCCAUGCCUGAAAUACUCUCAUGGGCUCUUCAGCCGGAUCCUCAUGCCUUAAGGGCUGAUUCUGAGGCCAGAGUGCUGUUUAGGACAUCUGCCAUUCUAUGAGUCUGCUGUGUAUCUCGCUUCCCAUGUUGGGUCAUUCUCUCCCUUUUUUAUUCUAUCAGUUAAUAUUUGCAGACACUAGUCUUGUUUAUGUGAUCCCUUUGGCUCUUAGUCCUAUCAUUAUGAUCAACUGUGACAAAGCAGAGUUAGACAGUGAGAGAUAAGACUCCCCGUUUCCACCUGCUCACUCCCAGCCAUGCUAAGUGUGUUACCAAACUUUGGGAAUUUUUCCCUUUGGGUAGAUUUAUACAAAAUGCAGGAGGAGUUAUCUCCAAGGGUUUAAUGUGCAUGAGGGUACUUCAAAGAGUUCAUGGAAAGUGUUUAAAACAUGAGUUUAUUUUGGUGUAUGUAGAUUUUUGAAAUCCUUUCUUAGUUUUUUUAUAAUAUGCAUUUUUCAUGUGGUAUGAAAAAUACUUUUCACAUCAGAAUAAAGUCAUGCCUUCAAUUCUGUUUUCUCACAAACUUUUUGAAGUGUCCUCAUUUAUUUUGACUGAUAUUGAGCUGCUUUUUAUAUAUUUAAGGCCCAUUAACAUUUCUUGUCCUGAAAAUAUCUAAUAUUUUUAAUUAUAUUUUUAUAAUUUAAAAUUUAUAUAAUUUAUUUUUAUAUAAAUUAGUCUUAUUUAUGAUUUGAUUGGAAAAUGCAUUUCCCAAAUUUGUCGUAUUAUCUGAUUAUAUCAUUGUUUAUUUUAUGUAUUUUUUUACCAAAAUAUUCAUUCUGAAUAUUUUCCACCUUUAUGAAUGAGCCCAUUCAGCAAAAACAGUUCCUAAGCAUCUGUGCUAAAUUCUGAGGUUACAAAAGUGAAGAAUAGCUCUUACAGGGAGCGAUCACACCAGAAAGCACAAUUUUCCAUUUCUUCUGAAUUUACUUGUGUUCCAUAUGGGUAAAGCAAUCUUUAGAACCUAGUGAUAGAAAGUGGGUGAAAUUGGUUUUGCUUGUAAAGAGAGUGCAUUCUAAUGGGAACACAGACAACAGGGUUCAUGAUGGUUUUAACAUAAUUUAUAUGACUGGAAGGGUUACAUUUCCUAUUUACAACCCUCCUUUUUAAGAAGUUUCUGAAAAUGUGCUUGUAUGUUUUUCUGUAUAAAGUUUCUAAUUGCCUUAUUUUCAAAGGAAAAGAAAGCCAUAUUUUCAAAAUUUAUUUUAAAAGCAGAUAAGAUGGGGGCUGGUGGGGUGAGAAGAGAGAGAUCUUAAUCCAUUGUUUCAUACCUCAGAUGACUGCAGUGGGUUGAGGGGGAGCAGCCUGAAACCAGUAGCCCUGAACUCCAUCCAAGUAUCCUAUGUGGCUGGCAGGGGCACAGCAUUAGGGCUGUCCCAGGCACAUUAGCUGGGAGGAGCUGAAUCAGAAGCAAAGCAGCUAGGACUUGAACCAAUGCUCGUUAUGGAAUGCUGGUGUCCCAAGCAGUGCUUUAUCUGAUGUGCCAGGAUGCCAGCUCCACCUGUUAGUUUUUUUUGGGAGUAGGGUGGGAAUCAUAAGUUAGACCAGAUAGCAAUUUUUUAAACAGAUUUAUUUAUUUACUUGAGAGGCAGAGUUAUAGAUAGAAAGAGGGAGACAUAGAGAGAGGUCUUCCAUCCUCUGAUUCACUUCUUCAUUGGCCUCAACAGAGCUGGGCCAAUCUGAAGCCAGGAGCCAGGAGCUUCUUCCCGGUCUCCUAUGUGGGUACAGGAGCCCAAGCACUUGGGCCACCUCCUACUGCUUUUCCAGGCCAUCAACAGGGAGUUGCAUCAGAAAUGGAGCAGCCAGGACAUGCAGUGGUGCCCAUAUGGGAUGCCAGCACUGCAGGUGGAUGCUUAACCUACCAUGCCACAGCGCUGGCCCUACCAGAUAACUUUUUUAUGAUAGAUAUUUCCCUUUGUGGACAUUUUUCUUAAUGUUCCUCAUCAAAGUCUUUAUACCUAGAUUUUUAAAAAUCCCUUUAGGUGGAAUUUUCCCUUCAUUAUGUCUUCAAAUGUGUUUGCAUUGAUGUAUUAAAAUCAGGAAAUACGAGAGAGCAAAUAAGUUUCAAAUUUACCUGAGGCAGAGCCCUUUAACAUAGAUUCCAGCUUACUCUUAAUACUUUAGCUACUGAUAUAUCAGAGUAACUUGUUAUUGCAUGGUUUCAUUUAUGACCCCUGUUCCAUGAUAGUAAGACUCUGAUACAGUACUGAAUUUAAUCAUGUACAGUUUUUUGAAAAUAGUAUUCUUAUGCUAUAAACUACUAUAAUUUGCUUUGAUAACAGUAUCCUUGAUAGAAAUACUGAAUUUAUAACUUUGCCAUUCUCUAUAAAUAUUUUAAUUAAUUUAUACAAUUACUAUAUUGGCCAAAACAAGUAAAACAAUAGAUCUCUGAAAACUAGUGUUUUUUUUGACACAGGAUCAGACCAGUAGAGGGCUCUCUAAGUCAGUCUCUAAAGUCAGAUAAAACUAUCUGGAAAGAUGGAAAAGGGAUUGCUAAAAAAAUUAGAAGGAAUUUGAGUGAAGUGGAGAAUCAAAUUGUAGUUGAAAAAUUUGAUUUAAGAAGGGAAAGUUGUAAAAAUGAAUGUCAAGAAAAUCCUAAAUAUUAAAUAAGCAUGAUAAAUGUAGGAGAAAAGCAUUUCUCAGCAGGUAGAGAUAGACAGCUGAUAAAGGGUUAAAAAACAAUAUGAUAAAAUAUUUCUUUACACAAGGAAUUUUUACCAUAGGUCAUUAAAAAAUAACUAGUUUUUGUGUACAGUAUUUGCAAUGUGUACAUUUUUCUUCUCCAUAGUUUGUUCAUCCUAAUUCCAUAGCACGUUAAGCAAAAUUAUGCAUUUAAAAUUCUGUGUAUUCCUGAGUAAAUAAAGUCAGUUUGUAAAAUAAAAAUAGCAUUAUUUUAUUAAUUUAUUGAUGAAAAUUGUAUUCUUGAGAAGUAAAUUCCAUUUGUCUAUUAAAAACUUGGACAGACCAACACUUUAGUUGACCUCAGAAGUAGAUGUCACUAAGGCUCAUGGAUACAAGAUGAGAAUGUCUUUUUUUUUUUUUUUUUUUUUUUUAUUAUUUUUUUUUAACUUUUUUUUUUUUUUUUUUGACAGGCAGAGUGGACAGUGAGAGAGAGAGAGACAGAGAGAAAGGUCUUCCUUUGCCGUUGGUUCACCCUCCAAUGGCCGCCGCGGCCAGCGCGAUGCGGCCGGCGCACCGCGCUGAUCCGAUGGCAGGAGCCAGGAGCCAGGUGCUUUUCCUGGUCUCCCAUGGGGUGCAGGGCCCAAGCACCUGGGCCAUCCUCCACUGCACUCCCGGGCCACAGCAGAGGGCUGGCCUGGAAGAGGGGCAACCGGGACAGAAUCCGGCGCCCCGACCGGGACUAGAACCCGGUGUGCCGGCGCCGCUAGGCGGAGGAUUAGCCUAGUGAGCCGCGGCGCCGGCGAGAAUGUCUUUAUCCUAGAUAAACUCCAAAGCUCCUUAGAUAGUUUUAAUGGUAUAAUUAGUAGAACCAAAGAGUGGGCUCUCCUCCUGCGCCAGGGCUGAAUGGCCUUCAGGGACGGCGUCUGCCUGAAAGGGUUGGCGGCUGCCGAGCGCCUCAAGCGCCAGGACUCGCCUUCUCUUAGUCGGAAACCCUCCAGCUGUGCCCACUCGGGAGGAGGGGUGCUUUGAGGGGAGCGAGCGGUGACCCUGCCGGCCCCGGUGUCUUUCCCUGGCAACGGCGGCUUCUUCUGUGGGACAGUAUGUUCAAGAGAAUGGCCGAAUUUGGGUCUGACUCCGGCGGGAGAGUAAAGGGAGUAACUAUUGUUGAACCAGUAGUUUAUGGUUAAUAUUGCUUGAUAUUGGAAAGAGAAGAAGAUGGACACACACAUCAGUGGACGGUAUAUGUAAAGCCAUAUAGCAAUGAGGAUAUGUCGGCAUACGUGAAGAAAAUCCAGUUUAAAUUGCACGAAAGCUAUGGCAAUCCUUUAAGAGUUGUUACUAAGCCUCUGUAUGAAAUUACCAAAACAAGAUGGGGUGAAUUUGAAAUAAUCAUCAAGAUAUUUUUUAUUGACCCUAAUGAAAGACCUGUAACCCUGUACCACUUAUUAAAACUAUUUCAAUCAGACCGGUACCCCAGCUCACUAGGCUAAUCCUCUGCCUGUGACGCUGCACCCCAGGUUCUAGUCCCGGUUGGGAUGCCGGAUUCUGUCCCGGUUGCUCAUCUUCCAGUCCAGCUGUCUGCUGUGGCCCGGGAAGGCAGUGGAGGAUGGCCCAAGUGCUUGGGCCCUGCACCUGCACAGGAGACCAGGAGGAAGCACCUGGCUCCUGGCUCGGGAUCAGCGCUGUGUGCCGGCUGCAACAGCCAUUUGGGGUUGAACCAACGGAAAGGAAGAUCUUUCUCUCUCUCUCUCUCUCUCUCUCUCUCUCUAACUCUGCCUGUCAAAAAAAAGUAUUUCAAUCAGACACGAAUGCAGUGCUAGGAAAAAACAGUGAUUUCAGAGUUCUAUGAUGAAAUGGUAUUUCAAAACCCAGCAGCAAUGAUGCAACAAUUAUUAAUAUCUCAUCAGCUAACAUUAGGAGUCUAUAAACAUGAAACAGAAUUUGCAGAACUUGAAGUGAAAACUAGAGAAAAAUUAGAAGCUACCAAGAAGAAAACAAGCUUUGAAAUUGUAGAGCUGAAGGAGAGAUUAAAAGUAAGUCAUGAAACUAUAAAUUGUCCAAAAAUGAAAUCAGGAAGCUUGAGGAAGAUGAUCAAACAAAAGACAUAUAAAUGGCUUUGAAGAGAACUUGCUAAAAAAUAAGGUGGACUUUGAUGGAGAGAAGGACUUAAUUGUGAUGUUUCUUAGAGGAACAGUGUAUGUCGUCGUUGACUAGAUUCUUGGCAGUGGAGUCCAAGUAUUUGUACUACUCAAACAGUCUCUAAGGGAAAUAUGUGUACAUUAAGGAUCAAUCCUGCAUAAGAUUUUACCAACCCAUUUUAGGGAAAUUCUAUGAUGUUAAGCACAACUUUUAAAAUAUUUUUAUUUUAGUAUAUGUGUAGGUUAUUGUCCUUUGACAGGCAUCAGAAUUUCAUUAUGAAGAAUAACUUGUACAAAUUUUGUGUGUAUUUCUCUAGUAGUUAGAAUUAGUGGUAAAGUUAGCCUGUGUAUUUAAUUUCUUCAAGUUCUUACCUGCCCCCAUGUUACCUGUCUUAUUUAUGGUAUGCCCAGUACAUACUCAAUAAAUGUAGUUUGCAGAUCCUUAAAAAACAAACAAACAAACAAAAAAACAAAGAGUGGUUUGUACUUACAAUGCUAUAUACCAAAAUACCAAUGUAUGGUUAAUAGGCCUUCAUGAAAAAAGUCAAAAUAUAAAAGACUCUUUUUCUUAAUGUUAAUUGAAGAAGGAAGAAGUCUCUUUUCUGUAUACAUGGGUACCUUGGAAAGACUGACUGGCUUAUACUUUUAUUAAGCCUUAUGGAUGUAUUCUUCCCUUCUUUCUUGCUGUCCCUUUUCUUUCCAUUUGUAUCAUGUUAAUUCUAUUUUUUUUCCUUCAGCUGUUUUGUUCUAUGACCAAAUCCUUUGGUUCUGCUGAGCAUUUAGUAAAUGAGUCCAACCUUGACAAAUGACCCCAUUAAACAAAACAUUAAACAUCUAAUGUGUUAAAAACCAGCUCCACAAAAGUGUGAAGAGCAUUUUCUACCUUCAUUGGUCUAAAAGCCCACAAAGAGGGACUUGUAUCAAAGAACAUGUUUAUCCAUUUCCUUAAAAGGUGUUUAGGGGAAAAAAGAUACUUAGGUUCACUAUGGAUAGGUACCAUUUAGGCUCUAGUAAUAAAAAAUAUGUGAAUAAAGUGCUUUAUCUUCAAGGAAUGUACAAUAAAGUGAGCAACACUGAGAAGCAAUGGAUAAUUGUAUGUUGGUGGAGGUGCCCAAAUGGAUUAGAUAUGAAGAGCUGUGGGAACUCCUACCAAGAAUAAAUAGGGGCCAGUGCUGUGGCGUAGUGGGUAAACCCGCCACCUGCAGUGCUGGCGUCCCAUAUGGGUGCCGGUUCUAGUCCUGGCUGCUCUGCUUCUGAUCCCGCUCUCUGCUAUGGCCUGUGAAAUCAGUAGAAUGUGGCUCAAAUUCUUGGGCCCCUGCACUGGCAUGGGAGACCUGGAAGAAGCUCCUGGCUCCUGACAACACAGCUCUGGCCAUUGUGGCCAUGAGUGGGGAGGGGGAUAAACCAGUAGAUGGAAGACUUCUCUCUCUCUCUCUCUCUCUCUCCCCCCCUCUCUCCCCCUCCCUCCCUCCCUCCCUCUGCUUCUCGGUGACUCUGCCUUUCAAAUAAAUAAAUAAAUAAACCUUUUAAAAAAAUACAAGAACAUAUAAAAUCAUCUUCCAGAGGUCAGAUCAGGUUUCCUGUAGGAUGGGCUAUCUCAUCUGAGCACCUGUUGAACUAGGGUUUGAAGCACAAUGCAUAACAUGUAAAGAUGCCCACAGGACUGAGGGAAAACAAUGUAUUUGGAACUCUGAGUUAUUCUGUGUGGGUGAAGUGUAAAAUGAGAGAAAGAGAGUGAUAAGAACUGUGACUGAAGAAGCAAGCAGGGAGGGGUCACGUGAUAGCAAUGACUUGGAACUAAAGGGCUCAUCUGUCUCAGGUUUGCUUAGGGCAGUCCCAGUUUAUACCUAUUAUACUGAUAUAAUUAUUACUAGUAUCUUCUUUCACUAUGCACAGUAUUCUGGUUUGUACUGGGUGACAGAAACUGGAUUUAAUACAGAUGGUAUUGGAAACAGGGAAGCCAGUCAGAAAAAUUUCUUAGUAGUCUUAGAGUUAAAAGAACAUCUGAAUUCUAAAACAGUGGUGGCCAGGAUGAGAAAAAGAGUGUUUAUUGAAUAUCUGUGUCACCAUGCAUAGUAAAAUGGGCCAGAUUUAGUGAGUUACUUAUUGGGAUGAGAAAGAAUAAUUACCUAUUUUCAUAUAAUGAUGGUUGAUUGGCUUACAGUAUCGGUGACCUUGGUAGAGCCUGCUGAAUUAAGAAUACUUUUCAAUGGGGCCAGUGCUGUGGGCGUAGUAGGCUGAGCCUCUGCCUAGUGGUGGUAUUCCAUAUGGGUGUGGGUUUGUGUCCCUGCUGCUCCUCUUCCAACCUAGCUCUCUGUGAUAGCCUGGGAAUGCAGUAGAUAGGCUGCUGCACCCGCGUGGGAAACCCAGAAGAAGCUCCUGGCUCCUGGCUUUGGAUCUGCCAGGCUCAGCUCCGGCUAUUGCGGCCAUUUGGGGAGUAAACCAGCAGAUGGAAGACCUUUCUCUUCCUCUCUCUCUCUCUGUAACUCUGCCUCUCAAGUAAAUAAAUAAAUCUUUAAAGAAACAGAUUUUUAAGCAGAUAAGUCUGAGCUAAACUUACACAUUGUCAGUUUGGUUGAGGUGCAGCAUGAGGCUGACAUCUGGGUGCAGUCAGGUCUGAGCCACAGUAAGAGAUUUUAGUGUCAUUGUUCUAAGUUUUGUGUGGUUGUUGAAGUCUUGGGCAUGAUCAGAUGUUACAGAGAAUGUUUGAGAAUAAGAAAAUGGGGCCCAGAACUAAGGGAACACAGUGGUAUUUUAGAAACUAGCAGAAGAGCACAAUUGUGAAGGAGCAUGGGCACAGUUGUCAUAGAAAUGAAGGAAAGGAAAUCUUUCUCUGCAAAGUAGGAAAUUCAGAGAAAGCAGGUAAGGGACUGAAAAGAUGAGUCUUGGCCGGUGCCUCGGCUCACUUGGCUAAUCCUCCGCCUGUGGCGCUGGCACCCUGAGUUCUAGUCCUGGUUGGGGCGCCGGAUUCUGUCUCAGUUGCUCCUCUUCCAGUCCAGCUCUCUGCUGUGGCCCGGGAGGGCAGUGGAGGAUGGCCCAAGUGCUUGGGCCCUGCACCCGCAUGGAAGACCAGGAAGAAGCACCUGGCUCCUGGCUUCAGAUCGGCACCUGGCGCAGCGUGCCGGCUGUAGCGGCCAUUUAGUUGGUGAACCAACGGAAGGAAGACCUUUCUCUCUGUCUCUCUCUCUCUCUCACUGUCUAACUCACUGCCUGUUGAAAAGAGAAGAGAAGGGAAGGGGAAGGGGAAGAGGAAGGGUCUUUUUUUAUAUUUCUUUAUUUAUUUUUAAGGCAGAGGUACAAAGAGAAAAGGAGGGUUGGGGAGAGGGAGAGAGUGAGUCAGAGGUCGACAGAUCUUCCAUCCACUGGUUCACUCCCCAAGUGGCCACAACAGUUGGGGCUUGGUGAUGCUGAAGCCAGGAGCCUAGAACUCCGUGUAGGUUUCGCACGUUGGUGGCACGGUCCUAAGGACUUGUGCCAUCUUCUGUUCCUUUCCCAAAUGCAUUAGUAGGAAGUAGAGGGAACACCCUGCCUAUUCCUAAUCGUAGUGGGAAAGCUCACCACUAAAAGUGUUAGCUACAAGUUUUUUUGUAGCUGUUCAUUAAGUUGAGGAAGUUUCCUUCUUAUCCUAGUUUGCUGAGUUUUUAAUCAUGAACGGGUGUUGGGUUUUGUCAAAUUCUUUUUCUGCAUCUACUGAUAUGAUCACGUGAUUUUUUCUUUUUUAGCUAUUUGGUGUGAUGGAGUACAUUUCUGAUUUUCAAAUGUUAAACCAACCUUACAUACUUGGGAAAAUCCCACUUGAUCUUCUUGUAUAAUUAUUUUUAUACACCUUGAGAUUUAAUUUGCCAAUAUUUUGUUGAGGAUUUUAGCAUCUAUGUUUAUGCAUACAGUGGUCUAUAAUUUCCUUGUAAAGAUUUUGUCUCAUUUUGGCUUUAGGGCAAUGCACUCCUCAUUGAGUAAGGAAGUAUUACUUCUACUUUUGUGUUCUAGAUGAGAAUUUUCAGAAAUGGUAUACUUUCUUCCUUGGGUAAAUUGAAAUUUACCAUUGAAUCCAUUAGGACCUGGCACUUUCUGUUUGGGGAGGUUAUUAGCUGUUUAUUGAGUUCCUUUAGUGGAUAUGAUCCUAUUCAGUAUUACGUGAGUUGUGGUAGAUUUUGUCUUUCAAGAACUUGUUCUUUUCCAGUGGGUUAUCCAUGGGAUCUGUAGUAAGUAAUUUGUGUUUGCUUUCUUUUUUUCUUAGCCUGCCUAGAGGCUUAUUGAUUUUAUUGUUUUCUUUUUCUUUUUCUUUUUCUUUAAGAUUUAUUUAUUUAUUUGAAAGUCAGAGUUACACAGAGAAGGAAAGGCAGAGAGAGAAGGUCUUCCAUCCAAUGGCUCACUCCCCAAUUGGCCGCGGUGGCAGGAGCUGCGCUGAUCCGAAGCCAGGAGCCAGGAGCUUCUUCUGGAUCUCCCAUAUAGGUGCAGGGGCCCAAGGACUUGGGCUGUCUUCUGCUGUUUUCUAGGCCAUAGCAGAGAGCUGGAUGGGAAGUGGAGCAGCCGGGCCUUGAACUGGCGCCCAUAUGAGAUGCCAGCACUGCAGGCCAGGGUGUUAACCUGCUGUGCUACAGUGCAGGCUUUUUCAAAGAACCAUCUUUUGGCUUUGUUUAUUUUUUUUUUUUUCAAUUCUUAUUCCCAGUUUCAUUAAUUAUUUGCUGUGAUUUAAUUAUAUUUUCUGCUUACUUUAAAUUUUAUAACCUCUAUUUCUUAUGGUUGAUUGUGUCUAGUUUACAUAGUUUCCUGGAGCAGAGGCUUAGAAAAUUUAUUUUAGAGUUUUCUUCUUGUCUAAUAUAUUUAUUCAGUGCCAUAGCUUUCCCUGUAACCAGAACUUUCUUGGAUUCUACAAUUUUGGGUAAAUUUUAUUUUUAUUUUCAUUUAAUUAGAAAAUUUUUAAAUUUCUUAUUUUCCUGUUUAGCCCAUACAUUAUUUAGAAAUUUUAACCCACGCAUCAUUUAGAAGGUUUUUGUUUAAUCUCUUUAACUAUUUUGGAAUUUCCCAGCUGUAUUUCUGUUUUUUAUUUUUAAUUUUUUCUAAAAAGAUUUAUUCAUUUAUUUGAAAGUCAGAGUUACACAGUGAGAGAAAGAGAGGCAGAGAGAAAGAGAGAGGUCUUCUAUUCACUGGUUCACUCCCCAAUUGGCUGCAGUGGUUGGAGCUGCACCAAUCUGAAGCCAGUAGCCAGGAGUUUCUUCCAGGUCUCCCACAUGGGUACUGCUUUCCCAGGCCAUAGCAGAGAGCUGGUUUGGAAGUUGAGCAGCUGGAACUCAAACCAGUGCCCAUAUGGGAUGCUGGCACUGUAGGAGGCAGCUUUACCCACUGUGCCGUGGCGUGGGCCCCUAUUUUUAGUUUAUUUCCACUUUGGCCUAAGAGCCAGUCAUUGGAUAGUUUCUUAUCUUGUAAAAUUGUUAAGGUGUGUUUUAUGGUUCUGAGUGAUGUUCGUCUUGGUGAAUGUUCCAGAUGAGCUUGAGAAGAAUGUGUAAUGCUGUUGAGAUGAGUAGUAGGUAGAUGUCAGCUGUGUGUCCUUUGUUGCUGGGCUAUGGAGAUCCACUGAGUCCUUACUGAUUCUCUACCUGUGGAUCUGACCAUUUCUAAUAGAGAAUUGUUAAGAUCUCUAACUACUGUAGUGGAUUAUUUAUUUGUCCUUGCAGUUGUUGUUGUUGUUUUUAAAUUUGUAUUUUGGGGCCCAGCACUGUGGCGUAGUGAGCGAGUAAAGCCACUGCCUGUAGUGCCGGCAUCCCAUAUGGGCGCUGGUUCGAGUCCCAGCUGCUCCACUUCAAUCCAGCCCUCUGUUGUGGCCUGGAAAGCAGCAGAAGGUGUCCCAAGUCCUUGGGUCCCUGCAUCCCUGUGGGAGACCCAGAAGAGGCUCCUGGCUCCUGGCUUUGGAUUGGCUCAGCUCUGGCCAUUGUGGCCAUUUGGAGAGUGAACCAGCAAAGGGAAGACUUUUUCUCUUUCUCUCUCUCUCUUUCUCUCUCUCUCACUCUCUCUCUUCCUCUACCUCUCUGUAACUCUGCCUUUCAAAUAAAUAAAAUAAAAAGAUAUAGCUUAAAAUACGUAUAUUGACACUGUUAUUUAAUACAUAUGCUUUAAAGAUUGUUAUGUCUUGUUAGAAUAUUGACCCCUUUGUUAUUAUGUAAUAUUGAUAACUUUCCUUGCUGUAAAGGAUGCUGUUUCUGAAAUUAAUGUAGCUGUUCUUGCUAUCAAGGGAUAUUAGUAUGGUAUGUCUUCUCCAUCUCUUUAGUUUGCAUCCAUAUGUGCCUUUAUAUUUAGUGAAUCUAAAAUGGGUUUCUUGUACACUACAAAUAGGUGGAUCUUGUGUUUUAAUCCACUCUCACUAUUUCUGUUUUUUGACUGAUGCAUUUAAACCACUGAUAUUCAGAGUGACUUUGGAUGUACUUCCACUAAUAUCAACCAUAUUUGUUAAAGGUUUCUAUUUGUUGUUCUUUAUUCCUUUUUUUCUCUCUUACCAUUUGAGCAUUUUAUAUGAAUCAGUUUUCUUUUGCUUUUUAUUUUAUCCAUUAUACCUCCCUUUAAUUUUUUUUGCUGAUUGUCCUAGGAUUUUCAUAUACUUUUAGAAUUAAUUCAAGCCCAUUGUCAACCCUUUAGUGCUUCAUAGAUAGUGCCAUGUACCCUAAAAUAACCAUUUUCCUAAACCUUCCUUCAUGUCCCAUGUACCGUUAUAUCACUGUUGAUGUACAUUUCACUUACACAUAAACAUAUCUAAUAACUGCAUAAUUGGCAAGCAGGAGAGCUUGGAUUGAAACCAGGGUCUUUACACUUUAAAGUCUUGCUUGCUUUUUUUCUUUCC